GCGACUGCUGACCACCGCCCUGCUAGCGGCCUUGAUGGUUGCUUCGGCGCUGUUCUGCAUUGCGCCUCUUACCGAAGCUGCGUUGAGUACCCAACUAUACGGCGAUGGAACCUCGAACGCCAAGAACCCCUACUCGAUGCUUGGGCGCUGAGCUACAGCUACGUCCGCGAUGACGUCAGCAUCUCCUACGCGGGCUCCGGAACUGAGGCCGCCCUCCCGGCCUACACCAAGCAGACCGUGGAUUUCGUGGGCACCGACCGAGGCAUCACGAAGGACCUUGUCGCAGAAUUUGCCACGCUGCUCCAGUUCCCCUUGUACGGGCAGGCCAUGGUGGUGACCUACAACAUCGACGGCCUGGAUCCCGACACCGAUCCCUACCUCAUACUGGACAGGGAAACGCUGGGCCUCAUCUGGGCUGGCGAGAUCACGCAGUGGAAUGAUGCGCGCAUCCAGGCCCUCAACCCGCCAGCGGUCAGCGCCAAGUUGCCGGCAGCAACCAUCACCCUCGGUUACAACAUCAACAGCGUGCUUUCGUUUGCCGAGGUGUUCAAGGUGGCCCUGUCGAGCUUCAGCGCCACCUUCCGCACGGCGCUGGCCGCGGCCAACGACUCGUAUGCUCUCAUGCCGCCGGCACUCGCUGGCCACGCCACCGAGGCCGGUAGGACAAGCGCCCUUCGCAUGGCUUGGCUCAAGAACAAUACGAACAGCAUGACCUUCGUCAGGCAGGAUGACUGUCUCAACUCGGGGUUGCCAUGGGCGAACAUGAUUAACAAGGCCGGCAAGGUGGUCGCUCCGAGCGUGUACUCCGUGCAAGCCGCCAUGGCCCAGUUCGCGGCCAACUUCAGUGCGGGCAACCUCACCAUCGACAUCGUCGACGCGCCUGGUAACGACUCCUGGCCGCUGUCCUACACGACCUUCAUCGCCAUCAACCGGAGCAUCACCGCGCUGGACUGCACCAACAUCGAGGAGCUCAUGCGCUUCAUUGCCUGGACUCAGAUCAACGACGGCGGUGGUGUGCCAAUCGAUGUGAGCCUGCGCAAGAACAUCCUCGAUCUCUUCACGCGCGUCCAGUGCAAUGGAGAGCAAGCACUCGCCACGUCCUACCUCAUUGGAGCCGGUCCCCCGUUGCCCGUCUACACGGCGUGGACGGUGGCGCAGUCGACGAGCGCGGCGACGAUCAAGUACUUCGAAGCCACGUCUCUUCAGGCCAAGCAGCAGCUGCGUACCUUUGACGAGCAGUUCGGUGCCACGAGCAACGGUCUGGAGGCCGAAUGGUACAGCAACAUCCCCGACAUCGCCCUCGUUCCCAUGACCAUCUACGCUAUCGUGCCGGCGUACAACCUGCGCGAGCUGGACGGGCUCGAGCUCGUGCUGGACUUCGAUACCAUCGCGGCCAUCUACAUGUCCGAGAUCACGCAGUGGAACGAUGCGCGGAUCAAGGCCAUCAACUCGCCGGCCGUUGCCGACGUGUUGCCCGCCAAGUCAAUCGUAGUGGUCACCCAAACCACGAGCUCCGACAUCACCCAGCUGUUCACGACCAUGCUCAGCGCCAAAGUGGCUGCUUUUGCUGCUCAGGUGGGCGCGAGCGACGUAGUUACAUUUCCGGUGCAAUCCGGUAUCAACCAGUCGGUCGAGGUGGAUAACUACACGUCCUUGACCCGCACGCUGAAUCUGGCGAACAUGAACAAUACCGCGGGCAUGGUGGUCCGCGCCAAUUCGACCACCGUCCAGAGCGCGCUGAGCAACUACCUGGCAGUCAACGCCAAUCCGGCCUACACCGGCAUCAUCCUCAGUGCCGCGAGCUGGCCAUUGGCGACCUUGACGAUGGAGGACUGCAACAAGGCCGCGGCCUUGGCCAGCUUCCUGUACUACUCGCAAACCGACCCGGAAGCCAAGUCAAUCGCCGAUAGGCAGGGCUUCAUACAGGCGUCGACCGACGCCGGACUCCAGCGACGUUUCCUGAACCAGCUGAAGGAGUUCACCUGCGAUGGAGUCGCUGUGAGCUCCCUCUACGGAUGCAUCAACGACGGACGGACUGUGCUCCGAUGCCGGUGUGUGCACCAACAACACGUGCAUCUGCGACAGCGGAAGAGAUGGCCAGUAUUGCGAGAGCUUCCUGUCAUCAUCCCCGUGGCUGCGGUCAUCCUGCUGGUGCUGGUCGGCUUCAUCGUCGUGCUGGUGUUCUUGAUCAAGCGCAGGGGCAACAAGUCUGACGACUGGGAGAUCGAGUACUCGGAACUCGAGGUCGGCGAGCAGCUUGGCGCCGGCGGCUAUGGCGAAGUGCACAAGGCCGUGUGGAAGGGCACGGAGGUGGCCGUCAAGGUGAUCGCUGCCGAGAAGAUCACCAAGGACAUGGAGAAGAGCUUCCAGGACGAGGUGCGGGUGAUGACCUCGUUGCGGCAUCCCAACGUGGUGCUGUUCAUGGCCGCCUCGACCAAGCCGCCCAAGAUGUGCAUCGUCAUGGAGUACAUGGCCCUCGGUUCGCUCUACGAUUUGCUGCACAACGAGCUGGUGCCUGAGAUCCCCUUCCAGCUGAAGGCCAAGAUGGCCUACCAGGCCUCCAAGGGCAUGCACUUCCUCCACUCCUCCGGCAUCGUGCACCGCGAUCUCAAAUCGCUCAACCUGCUGCUCGACAACAAGUGGAACGUCAAGGUGAGCGACUUUGGUCUCACCAGGUUCAAGGAGGACGCGAAGAAGGGCGGCUCCCAGAACAUCGUCGGCAGCGUGCACUGGACCGCGCCCGAGGUGCUCAACGAGUCGCCCGACGUGGACUUCAUUCUGGCCGAUGUCUACAGCUUCGGUAUCAUUCUGUGGGAGCUUCUGUCCCGCGAACAGCCCUACUUCGGCAUGAGCAGUGGCGGUGGCGGUGAUCAGGGACGGCAUCCGGCCGCACAUGCCCGACAACGUCACCUCGUGCCCGCCGAGUACGAGGAGCUGGUCACCAGCUGCUGGCACAGCGACCCGGUCAUCCGCCCCACGUUCCUCGAGAUCAUGACCCGCCUCUCCGCCAUGCACGGCGACUCGACGUCGGGCGGCGUCACGUCGUUCACCUCCAAGACCACCACCUCCUCCUCGAGCGGCAACUCGGGCGGCGAGCAGCGACGGCAGCCCAAGAACACCAACACCUACGGCUCGUGGACCCUGCCCUCGACCAACGGCUCGGCCACGUCGACCGGCUCGUCGUCGUCGUCCAACGCCUCCAAGAACUUCUCGGCGGCGCAGGUCGCGGCCGGCGGCGGCGAGGUGGCGAUCGUGUUCACCGACAUCACCCGCGCCGCCUCGCUUUGGGAAUUCAACGCCGCGGCCAUGCGCGACGCCACGCUGGUGCACAACGACACCCUGCGCGCGGCUCUCAAGCGGCACCGGGGCUACGAGGUGGUGUUCCUGCGCGACCGCAACAGCGGCGAGGGCUCGUUCUGUAUGGCCUUCCAGCACACGGCCGACGCGCUGGCCUGGUGCGCCGACGUCCAGCAGGCCCUGCUCGAGGUCGAGUGGCCCGAGGCGCUGCUCGACCACCCGGGCGCGGCCGAG